AUGGCCACAGAGACGGAGAAGAACCACAGUCUGUGGCCUCGUCUUUUCUCCGGGGACAAAAGACGUCCUGUUGAAAAGACCGAGGAGAAGACGGCACACAGGGAGCUCGGGGUCCUGCAGGCGGAGCAGCAGCACAGGCAGCAGUGGGAACAGCUGGUGUGGCUGCGUCCCCAGUUCCACAGGAUCGACAGCAGCAUCUCAGAAGUGAACGAGAUCUACCACGACGAGUCGCUGGGCGUCCACAUCAACGUGGUCCUGGUGAGGAUGAUCAUGCUGGGCUACGCCAAGUCCAUCAGCCUCAUUGAGAGAGGCAACCCGUCCCGGAGCCUGGAGAACGUGUGCCGCUGGGCGUUCGUGCAGCAGAAGGGCGACGCCGACCACGCCGAGCACCACGACCACGCCAUCUUCCUCACCCGCCAGGGCUUCGGCCCCACGGGGAUGCAGGGUUACGCUCCGGUCACUGGGAUGUGUCACCCUGUCCGGAGUUGCACCCUCAACCACGAAGACGGCUUCUCCUCCGCCUUCGUCGUGGCCCACGAGACAGGACAUGUGCUGGGCAUGGAGCACGACGGCCAGGGAAACCGCUGCGGGGACGAAACCACCAUGGGAAGCGUGAUGGCUCCACUGGUGCAGGCGGCCUUCCAUCGAUACCACUGGUCCAUGUGCAGCGGGCAGGAGCUGAAGCGCUACAUCCACACGUACGACUGCCUCCUGGACGACCCCUUCAAACACGACUGGCCACAGCUGCCUGAGCUCCCCGGCAUCAACUACUCCAUGGACGAGCAGUGUCGCUUUGACUUCGGAGUGGGCUACAAGAUCUGCACCUCGUUCCGCACCUUCGACCCGUGCAAGCAGCUGUGGUGCAGCCACCCGGACAACCCGUACUUCUGCAAAACCAAGAAGGGCCCGCCGCUCGACGGGACGGAGUGCAACCCCGGGAAAUGGUGCUACAAAGGUCACUGCAUGUGGAAAAACCCAAAUCAGGUCAAGCAAGACGGGGCCUGGGGCUCCUGGAGCAAGCACGGCUCCUGCUCGCGCUCCUGCGGCACCGGCGUUCGAUUCCGGACUCGUCUCUGCACCAACCCAGCGCCGUCCAACGGGGGCCAGGACUGUCCCGGGGUGAACUACGAGUAUCAGCUGUGUAACACCGACGACUGCCCCAAGCACUUCGAGGACUUCCGGGCUCAGCAGUGUCAGCUCCGCAACUCCCACUUUGAGUUCCAGAGCGCCAAGCACCACUGGCUGCCCUACGAGCACCCGGACACCAACAAGCGGUGCCACUUGUACUGUCAGUCCAAGGAGAGCGCGGACGUGGCGUACAUGAAGCAGCUGGUGCAUGAUGGGACGCGCUGCUCCUACAAGGACGCCUACAGUAUCUGUGUGCGUGGAGAGUGUGUGAAAGUCGGCUGCGACAGAGAAAUCGGCUCGAUCAAGGUCGAGGACCGAUGUGGUGUCUGUGGUGGAGACAACUCCCACUGCCGCACGGUCAAAGGAUCCUUCACCAGGACGCCGAAGAAAGCCGGGAAGACCAGAGGAGCCUUCUCUUUGCCCAAAGGAGCUCGAAAUGUGUUUUUAAAUGAGACCGAGGACUCGAGGAACGUGCUGGGCUACCUUAAGAUGUUUCUCAUUCCUCCUGGAGCUAGACAUGUGAUCAUCCAAGAAAGUGAGGCCUCCCCUCAGCUUCUUGCCGUGAAGAACCAGGCGACGGGUCAUUACAUCCUCAACGGGAAGGGAGAGGACGUGAGGUCCAGGAGCUUCAUCGACCUGGGGGUGGAGUGGCACUACAUCAUCGAGGAGGAGGUGGAGACCCUGCACACCGACGGACCGCUGCACGACCCCGUGGUGGUUCUGAUAAUACCGAGGGACAAUGAGACGCGCUCCACUCUCAUGUACAAGUACAUCAUCCACGAGGACUCGGUGCCGGUUAACACCAACAAUGUGAUCCAGGAGGAGACGUACGAGUGGGCCCUGAAGAGCUGGUCCCCGUGCUCCAAGCCCUGUGCCGGAGGCUUUCAGUACACCAAGUACGGCUGUCGAAAGAAAGGCGACACCAAGAUGGUGCAUCGAGGAUACUGCGACGCCAACAAGAAGCCCAAGCCCAUCCGCCGGAUGUGCAACCUGCAGGACUGCACCCAGCCGCAGUGGAUCUCAGACGACUGGGAGUAUUGCACCAAGACCUGCAGCAGCCUGGGUUUCCAGAUCCGGACGGUCCGCUGUGUGCAGCUGCUCCACGACAGCACCAACCGCUCGGUGCACAGCAAGUACUGCAGCGGGGAGAAGCCCGAGAGCCGGAGGCCGUGCAACCGAGUCCCGUGUCCGGCGCAGUGGAGGAGCGGCGCCUGGUCCGAGUGCUCUGUGACCUGUGGCGAGGGGCUGGAGAGGCGUCUGGUCACCUGCCGGAUCGGAGACCAGUGUAACGGAGAGAAGCCUGAGAACGUGAGAUCCUGCAGACCUGGAGCCUGUCACGAUGAGCAGUGUAACGGGGACAAGUCCAUCUUCUGCCAGAUGGAGGUCCUGGCCCGGUACUGCUCCAUCCCGGGCUACAACAAGCUGUGCUGCGACUCCUGCAGCAGGCGCACCGGCUCCCUGACCAUGUUCUCCGAGGCGGCCGAGACGGAGGAGCACGUCCGCUUCGGGUCGGCCUCCCAGCUGCUGGAGACGCUGACGGCCUCGGUGGCAGCCAACGCCACCCGCGGCGGGAAACAAGGCUCCGUCACGCCGGCUGUGAAACACACCUCCACCCCUGCUCCGCUCAAGAAGCCCCCGUCGAAGAUCCCCACGGCGCUCAGACGGGCCCCGAGACACAUGGCCCUCCCCGGCAGGAAGCUGCCCGCCAUGGCGCCGUCUCCCCUGGCCGAUCCCGCCGAGGGUCAAAGGUCGAGCAGCUCCACAGAUCGCCGGUGGCCCACAGCGUUUUCCGAGGGGGAGAGAUGA